AUGGUCACCGUCGCGGAGGAGUAUAUCGCAAUGACCCGACCCCAAACCAACUCGGAGAGGCCUGACCCAGUCAUACAAGGCAGGUUCAUUGUUGACCCUAUGCAAGCGAAAGAGGUAUUCGGUGACGAGGUCGCAUCGAAGCUAAAGCUCAGCAAGGACGGGACGAAAAUCCUAUGGCCUCAACCUAGCGAUUCGUCCAACGAUCCUCAGAACUGGAGUAAUCGACGAAAGGCGACACAGCUCUGCGUGAUCACACUUGCAGUGAUCGUCCCCGGGCUUGUUCUUGGGGCCAACACAAACCUUCUUUUCCCCUUGGCAGAAGAGUUUGAUACCAGCCCUGGAGAAGUCAAUAAUCUCGCGACAAAUUGCAGCUUUAUUGGCUCCGGGCUUGGUGGUCUAUUUGUCCCAUUGCUAACCCGGAGAUAUGGUCGAAUUCCUGUUCUCGCCUGGACGCAGACAAUUUUCCUCCUCGCUCUCGUGGGCUGUACUUUCGCCCCCAGUUUUGGCGUCUUCGUGGCAAUGCGAGUGUUGGUUGGUGUGUUUAGCGUUACACCUCAAGUAACCGGACUCUACGUUGUUACCGAUAUCUACCCCUUCCACCUGCAGCCUCGAAAGAUCAACAUUUGGGCGACAGGCACUUUAGUGUCGGUAUGGAUAUCGCCUUUCAUUGUCGGUUUUCUCGCCACCCGACUUUACUGGCGAUGGGUGUACGGAGUGACGUGUAUUCUGGGUUCUAUAACCACUCUUACGACUAUUGUCCUUGGGGAAGAAACGUUAUAUGACCGAACACGCAUCCUCGAUAACGAGCCUGACACAACGAAACUGCGCUACCGGAUUCAGACGUUGCUUGGGAUUACUGGAUGGAGACUGUCGCAUUCCCGAAUUGGGUGGGGAGAAGGGUUCCUUGGCCUAUUGAAGUUGUUCUCGAGGCCGCACAUGUUCGCUAUGAUGGUCCUACAGGGCGUUGUGUUGGGAUUCGGACUCGGUAUAAUGACAACCAACGCCAUCCUAUUCGGAAACCCAGAGGACAAUUCGUUCGGCUUCUCAGCAUUUGCGAUCGCAGGGAUUUACGGUACCCCAGUGGUCGCGCUCCUUCUUGGCGAACUUUGCGGAAGGUAUUGGAACGACUAUGCGACAGAGUUCAGUAUCCGUCGUCGAAACGGGGUGUUCGAAGCCGAGGAUCGACUUUGGACCUACUAUCUCUCCAUACCAAUCUACGUCGUGGGUUUGGUCGUCCUCGGAAUCUCGCUGGAGAAACACCUCCAUGUCUCCGGUAUCAUCAUGGGGUGGGGUAUAGCUCAGUUUGCCAUCAUGUUGAGCACCGUCGCUGGUAUCUCAUACUCCAACGAUUGCUUCCCAAAUCAUACGGGAGAGGUGAUGGCUCUGACGGGAAUUUCUUGGGUCCUCGGUGGUAUUGGACUCUCAUAUGCCCAAGAGGCAUGGGUGGCUAGGAACGGGGCAAUGGAGACUCUAGGGAUUGAAGGAGGGCGAGUUCCCUCUCCAAGCUACCUCCGCACUGGCCUCUCUAAUCCACCGCAAAACAGGAUGGUCGCCGGACUAGCGCUUCUUAUCAUUCCCACGUUGCAAGCCAAUGGCACAAAGCUGAGGGCAAGAUUCGGGAUGUAG